GAAGAGAGAGCGCCGGUAAUAUCUCCCAUCACAGCACACUCAUAGCAUUUCCCGGUUGACAAUCUCUACUUCGUAUCUCUUGUACACUUCGUUUUUAUCAGUUUAUUAUCAGUAUGUCAGCGACCAUUUCCCCAUUUCUGAAUGUUCCGGUUGGUCACAGUGAGAUAAAAAGGAGGUUUUCAGAGGAUGAGCCUCAGGCUAGGAAAAGACAGAAGCUGGAUCCACCUGCCACUACUGCCAAUAAUCAAGUUGAUGAUUGGGUAAACAGAAAUAUUGAGGAUCUCCCGAAAGUGUUCGAGUCAAACAGUCCCGUCAAGAAACCGUGGGGAGAUGUUGAUCAGGCUAAAGCUAUAGACUCGAUCAAACGAGCGUUGGUUCAGAUCACGACAAGCUACAAGAAAGAAAACCAAGAGCAGGUUCCUGUUAGUUGCAGUGAGGUUACAGAUACUAGUUCUACCAUCAAAAGUCGGGGAAUUCUCACUACUCAACAACCAAGAUAUGAAAACUUAGGAGCAGCACCUGCCAGUCACUCGCAGAUUCUACCACCGCACUCGCAGGCCGUCGCCUCGCACUCGCAAAGUUUGCCACAUCAACAGGGUCCCGUUAUGAAGGACGUUUUUUACGGUGGUCAGGAGAAUGUUGAGACUAGUACCCAGUACACGAGCUGCUACACACCCUAUCCCUCAGUACCGACCGAUCACCCUGUAGUAUUCAAGCCAGAGAAGCAGCAGCAGCAGCCACAACAGCAGCCAGGUCCCCAGACACUGGCGGGACAGUACCACUACUUCCCCGAGGUUUCACCUUCUCGUCCCGAGCAGCCGUACCCCUCGCCCCCACGGACCGACACGGACAUGAUGUACUCCAGUUUGAGCUACAGUAACCUGGUACCGGGCUGGCCUCAACCUGCUCCAGUACGACAACACUACACCUCUCCUGAACAAGGACUCAACUGGAACGAUCAUGCUGCUGUCGCCGACUGCAUGUCACCUACAAACCAAGUGUACAUCUCAACCCCCAACUCUCCUGACGUACCCCUCACCCCUCCCGAUGAACCUGACUCUAAACCCAAGACUCUCGGCAGUCUCUCCGAUUAUAGCCUCCAGAACCUGAGCGAUUUAAGCAAGGAUAUGAGCGACAUGUCACCUCAUGGUAGUGGUAAAGCAUGUCACCCAAUGGAGGUGUUCUGCACCGUGCCAGGCCGACUAUCCCUCCUCUCCGGUGCUAGCAAGUACAAUGUUACUAUUGGGGAAGUACAGAGGAGACUCACCUACCCGGAGUCCCUUAACGUCAGCUUAUUGGGUGGAGUUCUCAGAAGGGCUAAAGCUAAAAAUGGAAACCAUGCCUUGAGAUCCCAACUUGAAGAAAGAAAUAUAACCAUUCCUACUGGCCGACGAAAAGCAGCCUCCGUUUCUCUUUUUACCAGUCUCCUUGAAGGAGAGUCUGCCCAACUAGCAAACGAUUUCAAUACCCUCUGUGAGAAAUUUUUCCCCUGUCGAGAACUGGCCAAAGCAGCGGUGAUCAACGACUCUCAUCGAUACCACAUACCUCAGGAACAGCACUUGCAGCGCGUCAUGAACACAAAACAGAUGAUAACUGACCUACAAGAGCUGAUGGAGAUGAACGUGGUUAAGAAUAACGAGAUAAUGAACACACAAGGGGUUAGCGGACACCACAACGUGCCCUGUCCUCAGCUCAUGACUUUUGAGCUCCUGACUCACGGUUUCGGAGCCAGCGCUCUCUCUGCUGCCCUCAAUGUCGUACAGACUUACCUCGACGAAAUGGUGAAGUGCAUGACGCUGCAAUGAAGACAUCACGUGAUAGAGUGAUGACAUCACGUUUGUGGCGUGACAUAAUGACACGAGCUUGAGCUGAAGAUUAAGUUAUUCGAGCACACAGACUCGAUAGGUUUAGGAUAGCGAACUGAGAUUGUGUUUCGUUAGAUUAACUUUACAGUUUGCCGAACAAAGGUUAGAGAGGCGAAGUUAAAAUGAAUGAUGGCGUUCUGUUUUUAGAGACGAUUACAGAAGAACUAAUAUUUUUAUUACUCUUUAAUUUAUAUAAUUUAUUUGAUGUUUUACUUUUAAAUUUAUUUUUAUGGACGAUAAUAUGACAUAUCAAACCUUUAUCUUUAUACAAUUUUGAACUCGUCAAAUUCAAAAUUAACAUUUGUACCGCAGAUCAUGACAUAACACUUUUAAAGGGGACAGAACUGGAAUUGUGUAUAGAUAUGGUUUUUGUGUUUUAUAAUAAAUUUAUACGCGGUUUUUAUUUUUUGUAGAUACCUGCUACGAUU